UUUGUUUUAUUUAGGUCUGUGAAAUGAAAAACUGCAAUAAAUGCAUCUAUUUUGAAGCCAAGAAAAAACAGGAUCUGUAUAUGUGGCUUUCAAAUUCACCUCAUGGGCCAUCUGCCAAAUUUCUUGUUCAAAAUAUUCAUACCCUAGCUGAACUAAAGAUGACUGGAAACUGUUUGAAAGGUUCUCGGCCACUUUUGUCUUUUGACCCUGCUUUUGAUGAAUUACCACAUUAUGCUUUGUUAAAAGAACUCUUAAUUCAGGUAAAUAUCUUUUCUAGAAAGUAUUUUUAG